CUUCUGUCGAUGUUAUUCAGUUGCCAGCAUAACUAGAAUAAACAUGUACGCUAAGUUGAUCGUUGCUCUUUGCGCUUUAGGCGUUGCCCACGGCAGCGGCCUCUAUGCGUCAUCUCCAGUAGCGUACGCUAGCCACGCUAUCGCGGCUCCUGCUGUCGUCACUAAGACCAUCACUCCUGCAGUUUCUUCUGUAUCUUCGUACUCAACUCACACUGCCCACGCCUCUCCUGUGGCUUAUGCGGCCGCUCCAGCCAUCGCCACAUAUGCUGCUGCUCCAGCAAUCACCUCUUACGCCGCCCCCGUGGUAACCAAGACUAUUGCACCUGCCACAACUUCCUACUCUUCUUACUCGACCCAAACCGCGCACGGCUCUCCUGUUACGACUUACGCCGCCGCCGCCCCUGCUGUAGCCGUCGCUGCCGCUCCUGCCGUAGCUGUAGCUCCCGCUGUAUCUUCUUACUCUUCAUACUCCUCCCAGACCAACCACGGAGCUAAGGCGUACGUCACACCCGCCUUAACCACUUACGCUGCUCGUCCCGCGUAUGCCAGUUACGCCGCUGGUCCCGCAUAUGCCAGUUACGCCGCUGGUCCUGCAUAUGCCACUUACUCCGCUGGUCCCGCGUACACCACUUACUCCGCGCCUGCGAUCACCUCAUACGCCAAAUCUUACGUUGCCCCCGCUGUUUCCGCCUACGCCGCCCCUACGUUUGCCACUUACGGUAAAUCGUAUGUUGCCCCUGCCGUAUCCGCGUACGCCGCACCUACCUACUCUUACGCCGCAGCUGCCCCCAUUAUCAAAUCUGCCAUCUCCUACUCUGCCGCUCCCGCUGUAUCUCACGUUGCCUACAGUGCCCACGGUGCCAACUAUGCCUGGAUUGAAUACGCGGUGCUAAAUCAUCAGCAAGUUGACGUGACUACUGAGCCAUUGAUGGUCGCACUUUGCGCUUUGGGCGCUGCCUACGGUAGUGGCCUCGUAGCUCCCGUGGCAUACAGUAGCCAUGCUAUCGCCGCUCCUGCAAUAUCAUCUGUGUCUUACUCGACCCACACCGCACACGCAGCACCCAUUGCUACAUAUGGCGCUGCUCCUGCAGUCGCUACUACUUACUCUGCGGCUGCUCCCGUGGUAGCUAAAGCCAUCGCCCCCGUCGCUACGUCGUAUUCGUCUUACUCGUCGCAAACCUCUCAUUCUGCGCCUAUCUCAACAUACUCAUCUGCUCCUGUCAUCGCGAGAUCUUAUGCUGCUCCUGCCAUCACAACAUCAUACGCUGCCACUCCAGUUGUCGCCACAUCUUACGCUGCUGCACCUGUAGUUACCAAAACCAUUACCUCACCAGCAGUGACUUCAUACUCUUCAUAUUCGACUCAAACAUCUCACGGUUCUCCUGUCGCGACUUAUGCUGCAGCUGCUCCUGCUGUAGCCGUUGCUGCUACCCCUGCUGUAGCUGUGUCGCGCACCAUUGCACCCGCAGUGUCUUCUUACUCCUCUUACACUACUCAACUUGGCCAUGGCGCUAGAGCGUACGCGUCCCCUGCGAUUGCCUCAUACUCUGCACCCGCCUUUGCCUCGUACGCGGCUCCAGCAAUCACCUCCUAUGCUUCUCCAGCAGCCACCUCUUACGCCAGGACAUACUCAGCCCCAGCGAUCGCCUCAUACGCCAGGACCUACUCUGCCCCAGCAUUUGCAUCUUAUACUAAGACUUAUGCUGCCCCAGCCAUCGCUUCGUACUCUAGAACCUACGCAGCUCCUGCUAUCUCCACUUACGCUGCCGCUGCCCCUGUAUUGAAAUCAACUGUGUCAUACUCUGCUGCGCCUGCAGUUUCACACAUUUCAUACAGCGCACACGGCGCUAAUUAUGCUUGGUGAAUCAAUGAAAAGUGUUUAUUGUUGAUGUAUUAAAAAGUCGAAAUAAAAAAAUAUAAAAAAAUUAAGUGAAGUAA